UGCCAACUCGAACAAAACAACAAACUUGAUAUUUCUCUCCUCUGCACCUUCACCACCGCACAAAACUUUCACAUUUCUCUUAAUAAACAGCACAAUGAUUUUUCUCAUUCUCAAGAUAUUUUGUGUGUCUAAACUGCUGUAACCAUGCUGCUAAGGAGUUCUUCAACACCAGUUCUUGAAUCCCUUCUCUCAUCUUUCUCAGACACUCCCACCAAUCUUGUUUCCAAUAAGCACUACUCCUCCAACUUCAAUAGGUCUCCUUUUCAUCAUCAAAAUGGCCGUUUCAAUCUCAGUACUACUGUCUCCUGCAGCUCCUCUCCCAUCUCUCCUUCUGUUGCUGAAUUCUAUGACUAUUCCCUUGAAGGUCUUCGCCGAACUCAGUCUGAAGGCAAUCUUGAAGGACUGGCUUAUGUUUCUUGCAGUAAUAAUAAUGAAGAUUGCCCAAAUUCAAGCCAGAAGGUUUCUGCAAGACAAAAGUGUUUGAUGUUGGAAACUAUACCCUCCUUUUCGCUCUGUAAUUUGAGAGGUCGCUAUGAAGAAGAGGAAUAUGAGGAUUAUGAUGGUAGUGACUUAGAAGAUGGGGAAGACAAAAAACAAGUGGAUGUAAAUGCGGUAAGGGAAAUUGGCCCCUUUGGCUCAAGUAGUGAGAUGGAGAACAUGGUUUUGAGUGAGCAGGUGGGAAUUGUUGAUAGAAGUUUGAGUGUGAGUUUUGAAGAGAAAAGAGGAUUGAUUAGUGAGGAAAUGUAUCUUGCAAGAGGGCUAGGAAUUGAUGCUGGUAGCAGCUAUGGCAAUGGCAGCAGAGGUGGUUCUGGUGGCAAUGGUGGCGGUGGUGGUGAAUUUCAUUGGGGAGGUGGAGAUGGAGACGUGGGUGGCACAGAGGAGCAUUAUAAGAAGAUGGUGCAGGAAAAUCCUGACAACUCCUUGUUUCUGAGGAAUUAUGCACAAUUUCUGUAUCAGUCGAAGGGAGAUCUUCAAGGAGCAGAGGAGUAUUACUCUCGUGCCAUAUUAGCAGAUCCUAAAGAUGGUGAAGUUCUAUCACAGUAUGCAAAGAUGGUAUGGGACCUACAUCAUGAUCAAGAAAGAGCUUCGAGCUACUUUGAACGGGCAGUUCAAGCAUCUCCUGAAGAUAGUCAUGUACAUGCAGCAUAUGCUAACUUCCUCUGGGAAACAGAGGAGGAAGAUGAUGAAGGCAAUGUGCCAAAAGAUUUGGAAGCCCCGCCCCCACAUUUCCAUCAAGACCUAAUGGCUUCUACAGGUUAUCUGUGGGAAGUCAAAGGCAGCACAUAAACACUGUUGUGGGGGAAUGUUGAUGCAGAAAAUGGGCAUCAAUGUAAAACUCUUUCGUGCCAUGGAACAACACUAAAGAUAUUCGUUUUCCCUAUUGCCAUAUAUUGGUGCUUGUGAUAGUUACAAGAUAAAUGAAGAGUACUUGCAGCUUUACGCAGCAGCAAGUAUAAAUCAGGAAAUUCGUGAUGAGAUCAGUGUUUGGAACACACUUUAUAGGCAGAUUAUGCAUGAGUAUUGAUGAUUGGCUAACAGUCACGUCACGACCAAGUUCACUUGUGUAACAAUCCCAACCUUCAGAAACUAGCAAAAAUGGCGCUGAGUUGAUUAAAGAUAUGAGUAUCAUAUGUUUAAAUAUCAAAACACAGUUUCGAUUCCAUCUCAAUCAACUAAAACCUUGUAACUCUAUCCUCAAUCUUUUAACUUUCAUUUGUUGCAUGCCUCUUCCAUGGAAAUGAAAUUUCAGAACUUUAAUUUAAAUUAAAGUUUUAAGAUUAGCAAGGUA